AUGUGUUAUCGUCAUUUAUUUUUAUUAUUUUUCAUCAGUUUAUCAAAUGGUGAUCAAUGUAAAAUAAAUAAUCAAACUGAGUUUUUUCAAUCAAAAUCAGGUCAAUGUAUAUCCUGUUUGUCUCAUUGUAAUUAUCAAACAAACAUAUGUUUAUAUGUUAAUCAAUUACAUCGUCUAUGUUCAUCUAUUUAUCUUACUCGAAAUAUUCGAGAAUGUCAACAACGAUUAACACCAGAAAUUGUUCAAUCAUUUUUAAUUUCAAAUCAAUCGGAUAUAUUUCAUGAUGAUAAAGAUAAUGAUGAACCGGUGUGUUUAUUUUGUGGAAAUUUAACUCGUGGUCUUCGAUGUGAAUAUUGUCGUUAUCGUCCAAAUGGAAAACAACUUUCACAUUUAAUUGAAUUAAAAACACCGACAACAACUUGUUUUGAAUGUUCAUGUUCUGGUCAAACAUAUGAUUGUCGAACUAAUAUAACUGAUGGUUGUAGGUGUCUUUCACAUUUAUCGGAUUCAAAUUUAGUCGAUUUCAAUUUUCAUCAAUGUCUUUCAAAUCGUACAUAUAAUAUAAAUAAUCAAGAACAAAAUCAAUGUCGUUCAAGAAUUCAUCAACAAUGUCCAAAUUGUAAACGUGGUUAUAAUGGUGUUACAUCUGAACGUGGUCAUCGAUGUUAUAAAUUAUUAGCUACUGACACAACUCAAUGUUUUGAUUUUGGAAAUUCUUUAAAAUCAUGUUUAAAUAAUUAUGACAUAAUUAGAAGUGACGAUAAUGGAACAAUAUCAUUUGAAAUAACUCCUAGUUAUCGUAAUCUUAAUAUUCGAGUUUUAAUUGGAAUUGAAAAUGGUUUUGUUGAUGUUAUAUGUUCAAUACGAAAUGCUAAUUUUAUUAUAUUAAAUGAUCAUCAUGUUUAUUAUGAACAUCAAUCAUUAACUGAUACAGAACCACUUAUUCGUGAUUAUGAUUUAACAAAUGAAGAUUUUAAUUUCGGAAUUCUUUAUUCUGAUCCAUCUGAUAUAAUUAUUCUUCGAAAUUUAUCAUCUCGUCAUCGUUUGACAUUAUUAAUAUCUCCAACAGAUAUUGAUUUUACACAAGAUAAUCUUCAUUGUUUAUUAGUUGAUCAACCAAUAUCACGUAUACGUUUAUCAGAUUUGAUUGAUCCUCAAUCACAAUCUAUAUCAUUUUCACUUUCGGAUUAUCGAGCUAUACAUUUAACAACAGGUUCAUUAUUAAUAUCAUCAAAAACAAGUGGCUUUAUUAAAAUUUAUCAAUCAAGAAUGAAUAUAGAUUUAUUCGUUUUUUUCAGUGUAUUUUUUUCUUCAUUUUUUCUUUUUCUUUCAAUUGGAAUUUGUUUUUGGAAAGUUAAAUUUGCAUAUGAAAUUCAUCGUAGACGAAGAACACUUAAACAUGAAUAUCAUAAACGUAUGGCAAGACCAUUUGCUAAAAUUCAAUUAUUUAUUAAACCAUCAACAAUAAUAUCUGAUGAUGAAGAAAAUUCUCAACAGCUUACUUUUCCUGCUGCAUCAUCAUCUGUAGAUAUUCCACUAUUACUUCCAUCAACUCGUACAGAUAUUGAUUAUUCAUCACAUGUUGUAUCUGUUGAACCACUUCGAGAUCAAAAUACUUGUUAUACAACAUUACUUUUUCAUUUACCAGGAGAUCUUUCAACACAAUAUCGUCUUUGUGCUGGUACAACACUGGCGCAAUUACCUACAGAUUAUGCUAAUGCACUUUCAAAUGCAAGAAUUGAAGCUGAAUUACAAAAACAAAAUAAAAGACGGAAAAAACAUAAUGGACGAAAUGGUCAUCAACGAAAAGUUGUUGUUAAAAAGACAACAACUAAUACUAGACAACAACAAUUACAACAACAACGUAGAAGAAAACAACAUAAUCGUCAUCAACAACAACAGCAGCAGCAGCAGCAGCCAAGAACAACACUUGGACCUUAA